AUGUCGUUCUUCAAUUUGACGCAUUUGGGUGCCCAAGAUCCAAUAAAGACUGCUGUUACUAGACCAGGAACAGUACCAGCACCUGGUGGGCAGCCAGGAACCGCGGCUUCUACCAGUGGGGUGCAAAGAACCACGCUUAGCGAGCCGGUUUACCCGAACUCGGAAGCAAACGGGUCCUACGUGAAGUACACUAAACGCCUAAACAAACACAUCCGACCAAGACUCGGUGAGACCCUUUUUUACAAUUGAAUCCAUUUGAGUUUUGUUUCAUUGUAGUCAUUCUUCCGAUAUUUUUUUUCAUGCUAAACGCCUUUCAAGCUACCUGUAUCGUUUACCGAAUGUUUUGUCACAUUGUUUUCUUGAUUUUUUUAAUGGUAUAAGCGUAAAACUCAUCUUUAGUGAUCGUAACGGCCAAACAAAUCUGCUGGCUCAUUUUAUGAGCCAUGAAAUUUCAUAGAGGAAUGUGUUUGUCAGUAAGUAUUAUUGAUAAAGAUUCCUUGGAGCUGUUUGGAUUUUGACUUUGAUAUGGUCUGUGAAUCUAGCUUUGAUUGGCGGGGGAAUCUUAAGGUGUUUGCAUGCAAACCGAGAGCGAGGUUAGGAGGAAGAGGGGGAUCAUACAUUUCAAUAUCUCUGGCAAUGAUUUUCGUUUUAUCAUGUAGGAAUUGGAGCUCUUUGAUUGCCUAACCUAAUAUUAUUGAAAUUCAUCAAAUCCCCUUUAAAAUUCCACACCUGGUCUGGAAAAGCAGUCUGAAAAAACACCAAAUUCCACCAGAAGCCUCACAGAAACCGUUGGAUAUGCCAACUGAUUCAAAUGAUAUUUCCAUAGCUAAUGCCUGAGAGCUGAACUACUGAUGGUUUGUGACAUAAGCUUUGAUUGGUGAUGCUUUCAUAUGACCAGUUGAAUAGGGUGUGAGAGAGGGAGAAUUCCAGGAUCAUGCACUUAAAUAUAAUAGUUGUCUUUAAAUUUUGUCAUUUGAGGAAAAGAGCCCUUUACUUGUAUGGUCUGAUAAAGCUUCCACUCUUGACGAGGUUCUUCUGAAUAGGUGUAGUGGGCAUCUUUACCAGGUGAUUAGUUAGUUGAAAGGGCAUGAUAGUAGUGUAAAGUAAGUAAGUAAAAGGUGUGACAAAAUGAUGUAUAAAUAUGUUAACUCCUUAUUAAAAGCUGACAGAAGCACAAGUGAUCAGCUAUCUUCAAUUGAUCUAAAUUUCAGGACCAAAUGAAAUUUACCACACUCAAGUAACCACAAAUAUAAACUACAGUUACUGGAUGAAGGAUGGGGUACAACAUGAAACAUGGACACAAAAUGGACAUCACCCCAGAGUGAAUAGUGAAAUGACAAGGUAAGCAUAUUACAUUCAUAGUUACACAAUGCCAUUGAAAGUACACCCAACUGUAAUACAGAUAAGCCAAAGUGGGCUAAUUGACUUGUACAUCAUAAUUUUUCCCCACUAAUAUGUUAAUGAUGGUAAGGUUCAGACAAACUUAUUAACUAUGGCAUCUAUUUGGUGUACAGAUAGCAACUGUGGUAAAAGGUAGAACUAACAAAUGCAACAAAGCUGGAAAUAAAAACAAAAAAACCGACAGAUAGAAAAAAAUGGAGCACAUAAUUUACUCCCACAAAAGGCAGUGGUGCCACCCAAAGGGUUUUAAAGUAUCAUGAACUAAAGAUGUGCAAAAAGUCACUAUAAGUAGAGCAAAAUAAUUAGUGAAGUAUUUUUUGUUUAUAUUUUAAAAGCAGGAAACAUAAUCCAAUAAAUGGCUCGAACCUUGGGGGAACAAUUCACUGUGAAUUCUGAUCAUUCAUACAGUUCAUCAUGUAGUCCGAAGGACUACUGUUGUAAUUAGAGAGCGACAUUUUGUCAUUUUGUUGCCACUCUGAUGAUGACUUCCUUCAAAGUUAUCAAAAUUUCAGUUGCAACUACCAACAACAGUCCUUCUAAGGACUACCCUUACCUAUACAGUCAGACUACACAAAGGUGAAAACUGAGCUGAUUUGAGAUAAUCACAAGUUACCCGUGAGAGCCCUGAUCUUUAUCAUCUCUAAUAACCAUAGUUGAACAAAUGUGUACACAUUGUACAGGCUGUAAUAAGUUUGUAGUCACUUCAACAAGCAAACCACUGAACAUUGAUUUCUUGUUUUCAGGUUUGUUGAUGAGAUGACACUUACAAAUAAGGAGUUUACAUUAUUUUAG